UACGUUAGUUGAGUUGACAUUCGCUUGAGUCGGUUUGAGUUUAUCAGUCAAGUGAACAUCAUCGCUGUUUAGUUGAUGCCGGCUAAACGUUGUUUGUGCUAUUCAAACUAACUGUCAGCCAGUCAAGUGCCAAUACAACAAACAGUUCAAUUGAGUUGCACUUUUCUAAACGAAAAACUGUUUUUGAAAAAAAGAACAAAAAUAAAUCAAUCAGUUGUUGUUGUUUUUUUUCGUGUGGUGACGAAUAAAUUUGAUCGAAAAUCAUGGAGGAAUACGAUGAAAAUACGUCGGAGUUAAAUCAGAGAGCUGUGUUUAUGUGUCGGAUUUGUUUGACACGAACAAAUAUCAGUGCGAUUCAAUGUGCCAAUACACAAGUUCCACUUGCCACGAAAAUCAGAGAUGUGUAUGGAAUAGAUGUUGCUGAUGAUGACUUCAUUUGUGACACAUGUCAUAGCUGGGUGGAUUGUUUCUAUGAAUCCAAGCAAAUGUGUAAGAAAGCCAGUACAUUGAUUGAACAAUGUUUAUCGACUGGUAAACUCCCUGAAAAACUUGAACAUCCGAAAAUUUCCCAUGAACUUAUUGAGAGUCAAAAGCCAUUCAAAUGUGGUGUGUGUAACAAAAGCUAUGCCAAAGAAGGAUAUCUCAUCAAUCAUUUGCAAACAAGUCACUCGUUUUUCAAAUGCAAACAUUGCGAUCGAGGAUUCCAAACAAAUGGAUUAUUGAAUGUACACUACAUUGAAGAACAUGGCAUCGAAAGGCAUUCUUGUCAUCAUUGUAAUUUAACGUAUGCAAGCCGACGUAUUUUGACGGCCCACAUUGAUCACUCGCACAAAACACACUGUCCAACUGUAGAUGAAAGCGAGUUAAACGAACAAAACGAUGUGCAAAGCUUUGCGUCCGAUGGCUUUGUCCCGUAUUGCGGAGAACAAUCAGACGUUGUGUCGCCAGAUAUUGUACCGGCCAGCCGAAUAACAAAUGCCAGAUCGAAUCGACGGAACAUCAUCGAUGUGAACGCUGGAAAUGGUACGGUUCAAUCACCGAUCAACCACACCACGGAUGCCACAGCAACUGCUUCAGCCGUCGAUAAUGCACCUGAUCAAAUCGUCAUUACACCGUCAAGCGACAUUUCGACGAGCAAAUCGAUCACAUUGGAUACACCGCCACCGUCACCACCGCCACAACUGGAUUGUCAAGUCGCAAAUCUGGCCACAAACCGCACGCCCACAACAUCCCACAUACGAAGCAAACUGAAAACAACCAAGAAAAAAAAAACUGUCGUUCUCGUCAAGAUUUCUCCAGAUGAGAUAGACCCAGAAAUUCGAAAAGCAAACCCGAAUUGCUGGUUUGCUAAAAGAAAGAAAAAUUGAUGAAUUGUUGAAGAUAAUUUUAAACUCUCGCGAAAAUUGAAUUUGUGGCCAGCCAUUCGUGCAAAUAUCGUAACUGACUAGUCAGUUGACCAAUUCGGGAUGAAAAUGGAUUAAUUUGACUGAAAAUUAAGUGCAAUGCAUAGUCAUAGUUUACUGAAAUUGUCUAUGUAUUGAAAAUGGGCUACGAAUCAACGUAAGCAAAACAAAAAAUGUAAUCGACUAUAGUUAGUCAAGCAGUCAGCAACAAAAUGGUUUGCUAAUAGGGCCAACCGUGAGUCAAUCGAUUGACAAUUUUUUUUUGUAUUCGACUUUAGAUAUUUUUUUAUAGAUUUUGUGUAGGUUUUUUUAUAAGGCGUUGAAGAAUAUGUCAAAUUAGCAAAUUUUACAUCGAAAACCAAUUGUAAUUUGUGUGAAACAAAUUGUCGGAAACAAAUGUACCGAUACUUAGGGCUUACAACGUUUUGUUGUAUUUUUUUUCGUAUAAAUUUUUUUAGUUUCUCAUCGAUGAAUGAUAGAAAUAAUGUUCUUUGUCAAUGUAUCAUUUUUAUAUCGACUCCUUAGUUGACCAUCUUAAUGAUGAUCGAAUAGAUUCUUGUUUGUUUCACGUGUUCAAUUUGUAGCACCAACGAAAUCGUUGAAAUAAAAUCGAGGCAAAUUUAUAGAAUGGAAAAAAAA